AUGAUAGAAGAAAUUGAAAGUUUAUACAGAAAUAGAGCUAUUUUAGAGAAGAGGAUGGCUUAACAAUCUCCAAAGUAAGUUUUAGUGGAUGCUCUCUGUGAUGAUUUAGAUGCAUUUUUGGAAUAUGAAAGUUAAAUCACAGGCUCAUACAUAAGAAGUUAAAGUAAGGUGAUAGGCAGAAAAUAAUAUUUAUUUAUGAUUCCAGAGGGCAUAACAUUGUUGCAAUUGAUCAAUUAGAAUGGUAGAUUAUCAAGGAUUCAAAUCGAAGAGAUUUACAAAUAAUUGUUAUAGGCAUUACAUCAAAUUCAUACCAAAUAUAGUCUAGGAAGAUGUUUUCAUGUUGGUAAUAUUUAUUACCAUAAUAAUUCAAUAUAAAUGGCUGCUUUUGGGUUUUAUCCUAAUUUAUAGCUGAUACCUCCUGAAUUCUUAGUAAGGGGAGAAUAAAGUUAAAAUAGAAUAUAUAGUUAGAGUAUUGAUGUUUGGUUGGUUGGUUGUAUUAUAUAUUAGUUGUUUACUGGUUAAGUUUUGAAUAGUUUUAAGACAUUAAAAGAAUAUCUGACAUUUUAUAAUUAAAUUUAAUCAUUAAGAAUAGAUGAGGAUUGGAAGAAUCGUCUAAUGAAAAUGCUUCAUCCAACAGAAGCUUAGAGAUGUACAUUCUUCUAGAUGCACAUUCAUCAUGAAAUUUCUAAUAGUUAUUAAGAGGGUAUUAAAGAAUUUUAUAAAAAUAUUUUUUUAACUUAGAAUUACUCUUCAUUAAUAAAAAUGAGAGAAUUAAUUGAUGAUAAUUAUAUAGAAUGGGCAGUGGUAUCUAAAUUCUUAUUUAAAUAUUAUAGCCUAAAGAAUUUACGAAAUAAAUGGAGUUACCAAAAGUACUGAAUCCUUUUCGUUAUAGAAUUCAACGUCCUAAUCCUAAUCCUAAUCCACAAAUAUAAGAAAAUCUUGCUCCUUAUCCAAGAAUAGCUAAUACAACAGAUUAUUACUCUUAACCAAUAUAACCUUCUCCACCUUUUGAGGAUCUAUCAAUAGAUGAUCCACCAAUUUAGGAUCUACCAAUUGAGGAUCCACCAAUUUAGAAUCGACCAAUUGAGAAUCCACUAAUUGAUCCAAUAGAUUAAAGUCCUUAGCAAUUAAUGUAAUAUCCUGAUUUAGGUUUUUUACCUUAUAGAUGCAGAGAUUAAAAUGUAAAUAAUAAGAUUUAUUAUAUAGGAUUUUAUUAAAUUUAAAGAUAUUUGGAUUGAAUUACAUUUUGAAUCCUAUAAAUGGUAUUUGAUGAAUUCUUUAAAGCAACAUAUUGAAUUAUAAGAAAUUAAAAGUCCUGUUGAAACAUUUACAGUAUAUUGUUUACUAAAAAUGGCCGUACUCAUGAGAUAAGAGUUUGUCAGUUAAUGGAAUAAUAAGUUUUUGAAUUUUGAUAAUGAGCUAUGGAAGAAUUUCAAAACUAGUAUAUAAGCAAAAAAGUUUUUUAAAGAUCUUUAAAAUUAACUUAAUGCAGAUUUAUCUAUUAUAAAUGAUAAUUAUUAACUUUGUAACUUUAAAAAACUUAGUAGUGAAGAUGAAAAUAUAUUUAAUUCAAUUAAAUCAAUUAUUAAUAUGCCUGAAUAAGAAUAAAAUUCCAAUAAUUUUAAAUUACCAUAUAGAAAAUCUUUGAGAAAACUUUAUCAUUCCAUAAAAAAUAGUUGUUAAUAAGAUUGUGAUAACAAAUUAUAACUUACUUUAUUACAAUUAAAAUUCAUUAUUUGUAUGGGAAUUUCAUCAAUAUUUUCACCAAUAAUUAGGGAAGUUAUUUUCAUUUAAGUAAAAAGAGCUCAAAAUAUAUCUAAUUUUGAUAAUCCCUAUUAUUUAGAAUAAGAAUUCUUUAGAUAGCAAGAUGCAAAUAUUUUGAAUAAUCAAAUUAAGAUAAUUGAAGAACAAUUUUUUUAAUCUUAAAGUUGA